CUUCCUUCCCUCCUGCCUCCUUCCCUUGUCCCCCCGCCGAUGGAAUCCAGUGUACUGUAGCAAUCGCAGGCCAUAGAUAGAUAAUAGCUGCUGGAGAAGUAGUAGCUCCGGCCGGUGCCAUGGCCGCCACCGCACCGGUGCUGCCGCCGGGGUUCCGCUUCCACCCUACGGACCAUGAGCUUGUCAACUACUACCUCAGGGGCAAGAUCCAGGGCCUCCAAAUGCAGCUCGUCAUCCCAGAGAUUGAGCUGUGCAAAGUUGAUCCAUCGGAACUGCCCGGUAUGUAUGUAUCUAUUCUAUGUCUGUAUUUCUAAUCAGAUUUGCUAUUUCCUUCAUGUUGACAUCUUCACUACCGAGGCAUGUGAAUAUGAGACAGGCAAGUCCUUCUUGGCCGGACGAUGUGACCACCAGGAAUGGUACUUUUACAGUCAGAGAUUCCCAAGGUACGGUAAAACAGGGACCCGUAUCAACCGGAGCACUCCGUCAGGAUACUGGAAGUCGACGGGCAAGGACCGCUCCGUCCACGGGGAACACGCGACCAUAGGCUACAAGAAGACGCUCGUCUACCUUCAUGGCCGCGCGCACCACGGCCAGCGCACGGACUGGGCCAUGCACGAGUACCGGCUGGACGACACCCAGGACGCGUACGCGCUGUACCGUCUCUACAAGAAGAAAGGCACGAACCCGUCGCCGGAUGUGCCCAGCGGCGGGUUGGACAAGAGGAAACGCACGACUUCGUCGCCGGACGAGCUCGGCACCGCAGCCGCUGACGAAGAGGACGCCUCGAGGAAGGUCGUGCCUGCAGUCACCGCCGUUGGCGCGGAGGGCGCCCCGAUGCAGUUCGCAGCCAGCGGCGGCGCCGUUGGUGCGGAGGGCGCCACGAUGCACUUCGCAGCCAGCGCCGGCGCCGGCGCCCCGAUGCACUUCGCAGCCAACGGCGGCGCCGUUGGCGCGGAGGGCGCCCCGAUGCACUUCGCACCCAGCGGUGGCGCCGGUGGCGCGUAG